AUGGCAGCAGGAAGAUUAAGCAACGUGGCGUCACGGAUCAUGGGAGGGAACGGCGUCGUUAGCCGUUCAAUCGGUUCCUCUCUUCGCCUUCGCUCCGGCAUGGGCCUCCCCGUCGGUAAACAUAUCGUCCCUGACAAGCCGCUUCCAGUAAACGAAGAACUAGUUUGGGACAACGGGACUCCGUUUCCUGAACCUUGUAUUGAUCGCAUUGCCGAUACAGUUGGAAAGUAUGAGGCAUUGGCUUGGUUGUGUGGAGGUCUAAGCUUUUUUGCUUCACUUGGGCUUUUAGCUGUGUGGAAUGACAAAGCAUCUAAGAUACCUUAUGUAAGCUAA